AUGGCCGGAAAAUUCCAAGACCAAGUCGUACUCAUAACUGGAGCUGCAAGUGGAAUUGGCCGCGCAACCACGCUCAAGCUAGCAGCCCUCGGCGCUUCUCUCGCCCUCUGCGAUAUCAAUACGACUGCCCUAUCGACCAUAGCCUCGGAACUCCCAAACGCCCCACUUCUCACGCAAAAAGUCGAUGUUGGCUCCGAGGCAGAUGUGAAGUCAUUCAUAUCCGCCAUUCUGGAGAAGUUCGGCAAGCUGGACCACGUGUUCAACUGUGCGGGCAUCAAUCCCACCAAUAUUCCCUUCGCAGAAACGACGCUUGAGUACUGGGACAAGCAGUGCAACACGAACCUGAAGGGGGUUUUCCUCGUUACGCGCGAGAGCUUGCCUCACUUGAAGAGGGGCUCUAGCAUCGUCACCGUCUCCAGCAUGAGCGGCACCCGCGGCACAGCGUUGCAAUCUGUUUACAGGUAUCUUACCAACAUCUAUCUGUUCAGUAGAGACAUAAAAUGUACUAACGAAAUCACACACGGCGUUAUCGGUUUGAUGAAAAGUCUCGCCCACGAGGUCGGUCCCAAGGGGAUUCGCGCCAACUGCGUAGCCCCGGGAUACAUCAACACCCCUACCAACUCCGGCAUUGUACGCGGGGGCGAGGUUGUGGAGAAAUGGGCCAAGGCCUGCGCCUUGGAGAGGUGGGGCACCCCGGAGGACGUUGCGGACGUGGUGGUUUUCUUGUUCUCGGACGAGUCGAGCAAUGGCGCAGUGGAACGUGAUCGCUAA